CCCGCCCGCGCCCCACAGCAAGGCUCCCUCCCCGGAGCGCCUCGGCCGGAGCGAGACCCGGAGCGGCGGCAGCCCAGCCGGAGCCGGGACCAUGGCCGAGCCCCGCGUGAAGAGGCUGGCCAUGACUCUGAUGGACGCCACGCCCGACAAGGAUCCCCUCGUCCAGGAGCAGAUCUUCAGUGCCCUCUGCUCCUUGGGCAGGACGGAGCCCGAGGAGGUCCUGAACGCCUGUGAGGAGUACCUGCGGCAGCACGAGAAGCUGGCCCACCCACACCGGGUCAUCCUGCUGAGGGCCAUGGAAGCCGUGGUGAAGAGCAGCCUGACUCGGAUGGACAAAAGCACAGCUAAGAUCGUCAUCUUCUUGGCGUCCAGCGAGAUGACCAAGUCCAAAGAGGCUCUUCCGGAGUGGCAGCAGGCCGCCAGCACUGUCCUGGUGGCGGUGGGCAGCCGCUUCAUCAACCAGGUGAUGGAGGAGGUGCUGACCAAGUUCCAGCCGGGGCUCCUGCCUCACCCCUUCGUGGUGCUGACCUUCGCCAACCUCUCGGUGACCAACGUCUUUGGGAUGGUCCCCUUCCUCAACUCCAUCCUGGGGACGAUGCUGCCGAUGCUGCCCAUGGCCAAGCAGGACAACAUGAAGUCCGUCUUCUGCUACGCUUUGCAGUACUUCAGCGAGAGCAUCCUGGAGUACCUGGCCAAUCUGGACAAGGCGCCGGACCCCACGGUGAGGCGGGACACCUUCUCCAGUGAAAUCUUCAGCGCCUAUGAAGUCCUCUUCGCCUGCUGGCUGCCCAGCCGGGAGACCAAGGUGAGGCUGGCUGUGGUGGAGGCCCUGGGGCCCAUGAGCCACCUGAUGCCCUACGAGAAGCUGGAGGAGCAGCUCCCCCGCCUCAUCCCCGGAAUUCUGGCCCUCUACCGGAAGCCGGCGGAGGCCUACUACAUCUCCAAGAGCCUAUGCCAGAUCCUGGAAGCCUCGGUCAAUAUCGGUAGCCGGACUCUGGACACGCAGCUGGACGUCCUCCUUGGGGCCCUCCACCUCCAGCUCUGUGCCCCCCUGGAUUCCUCCCAGCCCAUCUCCCUGAAGAAUCACAACGAGAUUCUUCGCUGCUUCACCGUCUUGGCCGCUUCCUUCCCUGACCGCUUACUCGGGUUUCUGCUUCCAAAGCUGGAGUCCAGCAGCGAGAAGACGAGGGGGGGGACGCUGACCGUCCUGCGGCAGAUCAUCAACAGCGCCCCCGCUCAGAUGGAGAUGAAGAAGCCGUUUCUCCUCUCCUCCAUGAAGCUCCCCCUGCAGGACCACAGCAAUAAAGUGAAGCGGGCGAUGGUGCAGAUGAUCAGUGCCAUGGCCCACCACGGCUACCUGGAGCAGCCGGGCGGAGAAGCCCUGAUUGAGUUCCUGGUCCGCCAGUGCGCCCUUCCUGCCGAACAGACCCCCCCGCAGCCCCCCCUGGAGCCGGAGGAGGUGACGGACAGCCAGGUCAGGAGCAUCAGUGCCAGCACCCUCUUCCUGCUGAGCAGCACCGUGGACAGGAUGGUCGACGUGAGCCCCCCAGGGAGGCCGGAGGGCCUGGCGGCUGGGGAUGCUGGGACCCGUAGUGGAGCACAGGGGCUGCUGCUGCUUCCUGCUCUUCCCUGGCUGGAGGUGCUCUGGCCGUCCCUCCUGGGCUUUGUGACCCCCGUGGCCUUGACCCACGCCUUGGGCCCCCUCUGCAAGAGCCUCCUGGCCCUGGCCGCCCAGAAGCAGCAGCAGGGAGACUCCCAGCAGCAGCUCCUCUACGACCCCGGGGGAAACCUCCCCUCCCCCCACGCUCUGAUGUCCCGGCUGCUGAUCGUGGCUUCCCAGCCAUGCCUGGGGGAGGGCCGUGGGGCGGGGGCCCUGCGGCUGCUGCUGGUCCUGCGCCUGAGCAUCCACCCAACAGCCGAGCCGCUCUGGAACUCCCGGCUCCCUGCUCUGCUGCAGCACCUGGAAGCCCACCCGGGGGCUUCCCUCCCUCUGAAGGACUGGCAGGAUCAGCUGCUGGAGUUCCUCCAGAAGACCCUGGACGCCAUUUCGGACGUGCCCUGGACUGCCCAGCUGGUCUUGGAAAUGUGCAGGCAGCUGAGUGGCUACAACGGCCUGUCUCUGGAGAAGACCUUCCUCUACAAGGCCCUCGGGGUGAGCCUGGCUGCUUGUGCCAACAAGGACCUGGUGCGGAAACAGCUUCAGGAGCUGCUGGAGACGGCGCGAUACCAGGAGGAGGCCGAGCGAGAGGGCCUGGCAGCCUGCGUGGGCUUUUGUGCUGUCUCCCACCUGGACGAGGUCCUGGCCCAGCUGGAGGACUUUGUGAAGUCCGAUGUCUUCAGGAAGACUGCCGGCCUCUUCAGCCUCUUCAAGGACCGCAGCGACCACGAGGCGGAGAAGGUGAAGAGCGCCCUCAUCCUCUGCUACGGCUACGUGGCCAGACAGGCGCCCAGGGAGCUGGUCUUGGCCCGCCUGGAGGCCGACAUCCUGCGCAACGUCUUCUCCUACUUCAACACCAAGGUUCUGGGGAUAAAGGUAGAGACGAAGGAUGCCACCCUGAAGCUCUGCCUCAUCCGCAGCGUCUCCCUCAUCAGCCAGGCCGUCUGCCAGGGUGCCCAGUCGGGGGACUUCAGCUUCUCCCGCAAGGCCGAAGUGGUCGCUCAGAUGCUGGACUUCAUCAAAGCCGAGCCCCCCGACGCACUGCGCACGGCCAUCCGCCAAAGAGCCAUGAACGCCUGCAUGUACCUGGUCAUCCUGGAGCCCCCCCUGAGCGAGGCCGAGAAGGUGGAGCUGGUGGACGGCUGCCUGCACAGCGUCUUCCCUCUUCCGCCACUGGAUCCGCCCAAGGAAGGAGAGGCGGCCGAGGGGGAGGCCCGGCUCAGAGAGCCCCUCUGGAGUGCCACCCUGGAGGCCCUCAAGGACCUGCUGAAGAGCCUCCUGCACCGGCACAUGACUCCGCACGGCCUCCAGACCAUGUUUGAGCACCUGGGCCCCUGGAUCAAGUCCACCAAGGAGCACGAGCGGGAGCGAGCCCUGGAAGUGAGCGCGGCCCUCCUGCUCUUCUACCGGGAGAAGCUGAACGUCAGCAAGGUGGUCCCCUUCUACAACCUGGGGGUGCUGAUGGCUCUCUUCUCCCCCCGCUGCACGGACUCCCUGCCCAGCGUCCGCCAGCAGGCGGUGGAUUGCGUCCAUUCCCUGCUCUACGUGCAGCUGUGCUACGAAGGCUUUUCCCAGGAUCACAAGGAUGAAUCUGUGGAGCAGCUGAAAGCCCUGAAGCCCGGCCUGAAGGAUCCAGAUGUGACCGUCCUCUUCCAGGCGUGCUGCAAUAUUGCCAGGGUCAUAGCCAAGCACUUGCCCCCGGAGCAGCUGCUGAGCCUCCUGCUCUCCAUGCUGGAAGGCCUGGUGGACCCCGACCGGAACUGCUCCCGGGCGGCUGCGGUCAUGAUCAACUCCAUCCUGAAGGAGCGAGGGGUGGUCCUGCUGGAGAAGGUGCCGAAGCUCCUGGAGACCAUCCACCUCAAGUUGCAGGAGGUUCCGGAGGAGUCGGUCCAGAAGGCCACCCAGCAGACGGUCCGCAUCCUGGCCAGCCAGCACAAGGCCGCGGUGGUGUCCAGCCUCCUUAGCCACAGCCUCCCCCUGGACAGCUGCAGCUGCACCAUGUGGCGGGCGCUGGCCUCGGAGCCCCCCCUGACCGCCCAGGUGCUGGAGCUGCUGCUGGAGAAAGUCAACCGGGACGUCCCGUACAAAGAGAACAAGUCCUUCCUGCGGGGGACCCGCUCGGAGCGCGUGGCCACUUUCCAUCCCCUCUCGGCCACGUGUGCGCUGCAUGAGAUCAUGUCUGUCCGGGAGUCUGGAGCGGCCGUGGGGGGGCUCUACGCGGAACUCUUCGUCUGCCUCCUGCUCCGGGUCAGCUGCUCGGUGGGGGUCCAGCUGCCCAGGCACCUGCAGUCCAAGGAGCGGAAGAGCCUCGGCCGGGGACAGAGCCUGCGCGCCCUCGACCCUUGCAGCUCUGCCAUCGAGACCCUCAAGGCCAUGCUGAGCCAGGGGGGCAGCGAGUCAGUGAGCCAGGCUGUGACGGAGGACGGAGGCUGGGAGCUGCUGCGACAUCCGGACAAGCACUACGACGGAGUGGCCUUUCUGGCCAGGGCCAUGGCGAGGCACGCGGGGCCCAAACUCCCUCUGAUCGUGAAGCUGCUCUCUCCCAUGCUGAACAGCAUCUACGACAGCCAACGGCUGACCACCACCGCCUUCUUGGCAGAGCUCCUCAGCAGCAACGUGGUGAACGACCUGGUCCUCCUGGAGACCCUGAUGGAGAGCAUGACAGCCCGGCUGAGAGACUCCUCCAUGGUGGUGCGGAUGAUGGCCCUUCGCGGGUUGGGCAAUGUGGCUUCAGGCUCCCCGGAGAAGACGAGGAAGUACGGGGCCCAGCUGCUGUCUUCCAUGAUCAGCAGCUUGGAUGACAAGGAUGACCCCCAGAACCUGGUGGCCUUAGAAGCCAUGUCCAGCCUCUCCAAGAUCCUGGCUUUCACUGACGAGAGCGACGUCCACUCCGUGCUGCUCCAUGUCACCAUCCGAAUACGGCCCUUCUUUGACAGCGAGGAGCCCAACCUCCGCAAGGCCUCCAUCUUCCUCUUUGGGAACCUGGCCAAGUUCAGCUCCGGGAGUGGCGAAGACGCCUUCCUGGAGCAGAUCCUCUACGGCCUGGUGACUCUGCUGCUCCAUCUCCAGGACCCAAAGCCGGAGGUCGUCAAGGCCUGCAAGUUUGCCCUGCGCUUGUGUGGGCCCAUCGUGAGCUGCCCGGGGCUUUGCGAGAUGUUCCAGAAGCACCUGCACGAGGAGUGGAGCCUCCACUACGGCGAGUUCAUGAACGACGUCUGCAAACACCUGAUGCAGAACUUCCCGGAAAUGCUGGGCCGCUUGGUCAGCAUCAACCUCUUCUACUUCAAGAGCAACUGGGCCGACGUCCGAGCUGCUGCCCCCAUGUUUGUAGGCUUCCUUAUCCUCCACGUGGACCGAGAGCAGAGCCAGCAGCUGGACCUGGACGAACUGAUGGCUGCGCUGACUCUGCUGCUGAAGGACCCCGUUUCGACAGUGCGGGCGAAGGCGGUGGAGACGCUGGGCCGCCUGGGCAGUGCCGUAUGAGGCCGGCCGGCCAUGGGGGCCAAAAGCAGAGGAAAGGAGACCCCCACCACCACCACAGCUCCACGUUGCCCUCCCACCUCCCGAGGGACAAGUUGCACGUCUUCCAGAUACACGGCCUCCGCCCACCGGAGCCCCCCCUGCCCCCCACCCCUUAAAGAGAAGACCUGAAGUCUGUGCA